CCCAAUCGAGCGGAAGGCGCUCAAGCGGAGGGCGAUCCGAUACUCAAUGGUUGGUGGUCAGCUAUGCAAGAGGUCAUUCUCAGGAGCAUACCUAAAGUGCCUCGGGGCAGAGGAGGCACAAUGGACCCUGAAAGCGAUACACCAAGGGACGUUUGCCACAGAUGUCGGUCCUCGGUCGCUCGAAAGGUAGAUCCCCAUGCAAGGCUACUACUGGCCAACAAUCAAGAAGAACGCAUCAGACAUCGUCCUAAAAUUUCAUGCGUGUCAAGUGCAUGCCUCCAAACACCACCUUCCUAGCUCCGAGCUACAAAGCAUGGUGGGACCACAUUCGAUCAUCACUGACCACGGAACGCAAUUUGACUGUCAGCCGUUUGAGAACUUUUGCGCCAGAAACUGCAUCACAUGCACCAUGGCCUCAGUAGCGUAUCCGCAAACCAAUGGUCAAGCCGAAGUAUCCAACAAGCUGAUCCUCCAAGGAUUGAAGAAACUCCUCCGAGAGGCCAAAGGGGCAUGGACAACCAAGCUCCCACGCAUCUUAUAGCCGCAUCGCACGACCCACAAAACAUCCAUGGGUGAAACUGCCUUCGCCCUAACUUACGGCUCUGAAGCGAUCGCCCCAGAUGAGAUGAACCUGCCCUCCCUUCGCGUGCAGGCAUACCAUCCGGAGAGAAAUCACAAGAAGUUGCUGGAACAGUUGGACAUGGUAGAGUCGCGACGUGAUGCAGCCAUGGAACGCAUCAUGCAGGAAAAGGCCAAGGUCGCGGCUUCCUACAACAAAAGAUUGAAACUGCGUCCCCUCGAGGAAGGAGACAUGGUUCUCAAACGGAACUUCCAAAAGAAGGAUGAACACGGCAAGCUGGCCGCCACAUGGGAAGGAAGAUUCCUCAUCAGAGAGAAGACGGGUCCCAACACCUUUUGCCUUGCCACCAUGGAGGGCACUCCUGUCUCCAAGACUUGGAAUGGCAUGCAUCUGAGAAAGUACUACAUAGAUGCGGUUUGAAGUACUCUUCGCUCGAACAAGGGUAUUUUGUGUGGAUAUGGAAGAACUCCCUCCAUGUGUAAUAGUGUAUUGGCUGCUACCAAGCACAACUUUUGCUCAAAGUAAUACACUACUAUCUUUCGG